GACAAAUACAUUGGAACUACACUAAAUCACUAGAAAUUUAUCUACCUAACGUAUAUAUUUGAAGAUAUGGUUUUUGAGGGAGUAGACGUUUUAACUCAAGAUGUUCAAAAUAACCCACGUUGUCCUCACGGACCAACAAUAUUAUUUUGUAGGACUGUUAAUGGUGUUCCUAGGAAAUAUUUCGCAUGUUCUGCAUGUAGAGACCGAAAACAAUGUAACUUUUUCCUUUGGGAAGAUGAAAGAUCAAAAUUUAACGACAAAUAUUGGUCUGAGGAAUCACAAAAAUUCGUCAAAUUUGUAAAACACCGUGAAAUGUUCAGUACUUUGAACAAAUUUUUAGCCGAUUCUAAUGCAUCUCAAAGAAAUUUUUGUAAUACUUGUAAUAUUCUGUAUAAAAAGGGCGACCCAAAACAUAUUAAUCAUUCAGUUCUUAAUGGAUUAACUGAUUAUCAAUUAGCGCAUCCAUCUGAUAUUCUUCCAGCAUUAAAUAAUUCUAAGAAAGAAGCACAAUAUCACUUCUCAAAGUCUUCAGUUCGUGAUAUAAUAACAAUCUUCAAAUGCUUAGGAUUCAAAAAUGUAAUAUGUCUUGGCACUCCCAGAAUUCAUGAACAUAUACAAAGUAAUAAUGAAGAUAUUACUAGCAUUCUUUUAGAUAUAGAUAAGAGAUUUCAUAAUUUUUUUGGUCCAUUAUCUUUCUGCUGGUAUAACAUGUUCAAUAAUCACUUUUUUAUGAAAGAAGCAAAAGGAGUAUUUAGGACAUAUUUGCAGACAAAUCAAGGUAAAAAUAUGGUACUUAUAACAGAUCCACCUUUUGGAGGAAGAACUGAAAUACUUUCAACAACGUUUAAUAGCAUAAAUGCAGAAUAUAAAACUAUUAAUAAACUACAAGAUGAUUUGCCCAUAUUUUGGAUAUAUCCAUAUUAUAUGGAACCACAAAUUUUGAACAGAAUGUCAGAAUUUUGUAUGUUAGAUUACAAAGUUGAAUAUGACAAUCACUUGUCAUUUCAGAGUGGACCUAAGGGGCGAAAAAAAGGAUCUCCGGUUAGAAUAUUUACAAAUGUCGAUUCUAGUUUAGUACAAUUACCAUCUCCAAAUUAUAAACACUGUAAUAUUUGUAAUCGAUGGGUUGCAAAUGAGAAUAAACACUGUAAUCAAUGUAAUGCAUGUACUUCAAAAAAUGGGGAUACUUAUGUUCAUUGUGAUAAAUGUAGCCGAUGUGUAAAAUCCACUUGGAAACACUGUAAAACUUGUAAUCGAUGUGCUCAAUUAGUUCACAAAUGUGAACAAAUCAGUUUUGUUAAGGAAUGUUUCAAUUGCAAAAUACCUGGCCACAAGAAAGUUGAUUGUCCUCAAUUGAGAGAAGCAAAACCACAAAAACGAAAAAAUACAAAUAUUAACAAACCCCGAAAGAAAAUGAAGAAGAGGUAGUGAAAUAUUGCGAAGCCAUUUUUUAUUUUAUCAAACCCAAUAAAAAUAAUUCUUCA